AUGAGGGUGCCAAGCAGCGUGAGCUCUUCGGGCGGUCUGCUGGACGUGGUCCUAACUCUGGAGCCUGCCUGGGUGGUGAUCAACUCGAUGGAGUUGGGGAUCUUCACUUUGAAUGGAACCCUCCCAGGGCCGACCCUCCGCAUAAAGGCGGGAGAUCGCCUACGAGUCCUGUUCCGGAACCUUCUUCCGGCGCAGCCGAAUGCAAGGAGGCAGCACAAUGAGUUUGGGUAUGUGGAUGAGUCCAACUUGCACUUUCACGGCCUCCAUGUCCCCGGAGAUCUACCCUCAGAUGACACAAAGCUGGUUGUAGGACCUGGUGGAGAGUUUCAGUACGAGACGGUGCUGCCUCAGUACCACAUGCCCGGUACCAACUGGAUCCACCCGCACCGCCACGGCUCCUCGGCCUUGCAAGUGGGUGGUGCGGCCGCAUUGGCGCUGAUUGUGGACGAUCCGCCCGGCAGCCUACCGGACGAGGUCAAGUGGGACAAGCGCCUUAAUUUUAACACCCCAGCAUGUUUGUUGGCUUUUGGCGUUCUCAUAGGAAUUGCCCAGCGGUCGGGGGACAGUCUUGUUUGGUCCGCUCCAGCAGGCAACCCCCCCGAUCUCCUUGUUAUCAAUGGCGAGCAUAUGCCUGAGAUCGCAGCGACACCAGGCCGGUGGCAGAGGUGGCGGGUCAUCUUCGCCGGCUGGAGAAAUGUGGGCCGAAGUGCGCUGAACUUUGCCGUGGAUGGCUGCACCAUGCAGCUGUUGGCAAAGGACGGCAUGUACAUCAGCGACUUCCCGCGCUCGAUUCAGCUGGCGCCCAUCCCUGCGGGCGGACGAGCGGAUAUCAUGGUGAAGUGCCCGUCGCCUUCUUCCAGGUACAGGGUGACCAGUGGUGAGACGCUGAUCGGUUUUGUGGACACCUCUGCGAUUCCGGUGAGCAGCUCCGAGCUGUCUUCCUGGUCGCCAGUGCUGCCGGACUACAUGCAAGACCUUCAGGCCACUCCAGCAAGCGAGGGCUGCAGCUGCGAAACGGAGGUCGAGGAAGCCUCAAUUAACGGCGUUCCUUUCUCGGAGGACACGGUGCUCCAUGAAACCUUCCUCGGCGCUGUGGUUGAGCGGAAGAUCGACACCGGAGGGCAUCCUUACCAUCAGCAUUUCUAUCCGUUCCAGCUCGUGGACGGGUUCCGAAGUUCAGACUUCUUCCAUUUGGGGGACUGGCACGACACGUUCAUGUCAGACGGCCUAACGAGGGAGCCCGUCACGGUCCGAUACAAAACGACCUUCAUCGCAGGUGAGAUGAUGCUGCACUGCCACCGCCUUGACCACGAGGAUCGAGGUUCCAUGGCCUUUGAGACAAUCAGCCCCACAGGCUCCACAUGCAGUUGCUCAGCCCGAGCACUGGACACCGGCAACAUCGUGAUCAUCGCCGUUGCUGUGAGUGCGGCGGUUUGUGUUGUGAUCUCAGUGCUUGGCUUUUGCGUCUGGCGACGCCGGUCGCACAGGCGCUCGGAUGUCGGACCAGAGUGA